CUAGGGGACCGAGCAGCGACUCACGCGGGAGCUUCUGAUUGGCAGGGGCUAUGAGGGGUCCUCGGCCCUCUCGGAAGGCGCAGUUCUGCGAGUGCCGGGAGCGGGAGGUCCGGGCCCCCGGGGUCAGCGCGGCCCUGGUGAGAGGCAGGCCCGGGGAAGCGGGUGGGAGUUCCGAGCCCUGCAUAUGGGAAGCGGUCGGCCCUGGGGGCCGCCGGCGCAUGCGUAUCGCAGAGCCGAAGCCAGCGCGGCGCGCCCGCCAUUGCUUGGAGGCUUUCGUCAGAGCCCGGCUGGCGCCGGCCGCUGGUCCAACCCCAGGGGCCCGUCACUGGGCGUCAUUGGCUCAGGCAUCAGGGCCCUCAUCACCCUCUCCCGCCUGGGUCCGGACGGGCAGCGGCGGCGGCGGUGUCGUCGUCAGGGGGCGGAGCCGGCCUGGGCGCCCUUUGUCUGUGGAGGCGGUAAUGCCUUCUCAGAAUGCUGUACUUUCCCAGGAGGGAAACAUGGAGAAGGAAAUGAAUGUUGGAUCACAGAUACAGCGGUCUCAGGAAUCACUGACAUUCCAGGAUGUGGCUGUGGAAUUCACCAGAGAGGAGUGGGACCAGCUAUACCCUGCUCAGAAGAACCUCUACCGAGACGUGAUGCUGGAGAACUAUAGCAACCUGGUUGCACUGGGGCAUGAACUUUAUAAGCCGGAGGUGAUCACUCAGUUGGAGCAGGAGGAGCAGUGGAUGAUGGAGAGAGACAGCCCACCAGACACUCAUCCAGAUGGGGAGAAUAGUCCAGAAAUAAAAAAAUCAAACCAGAAUAUUUCUGAUGAAAAUAAAACCUGUGACAUGCUAAUGGAGAGAUUAACAGGAGACAGUUUCUGGUAUUCCAUCUUAGGUGGACUCUGGGAUUUUGAUUACCGGUUAGAAUCUAACCAAGAAAACCAGCAGAGACAUUUAGGACAAGUAUCUUUCACCCACAAAAAGAUCACACAGGAGAGAAGCCUUGAAUGUAAUAGAUUUGGGGAAAACUAUAAUCUGAACUCAAACCUUGUUAUGCAUCAGAGAAUUCCUUCAAUUAAAAUACCCGUUAAUUCUGACACACAAGGAAAUAGCAUCAAGCAUAUUUCAGACUUCACUUACUAUCAGGGAAACUAUGUAAGAGAGAAUCCUUAUGAAUAUAAUGAGUGUGGAAAAAUCUUCAAUCAACAUAUUCUUCUUACUACUCAUAUUCAUACUGAGGGGAAACCCAGUGAGUGUGGGAAGGCCUUCAGCCAAAACUCAUCUCUUACUCAACCUCAGAUAGUACUCACAGGAGAGAAGCCCUAUAAGUGUGAUGAAUGUGGGAAAAGAUUCAGCCAGAGGAUACAUCUUAUUCAACAUCAGAGAAUUCACACAGGAGAAAAACCUUUUAUAUGCAAUGAAUGUGGGAAAGCCUUCCGUCAACAUUCAUCCUUUACUCAACAUCUGAGAAUUCAUACUGGAGAGAAGCCCUAUAAAUGUAAUCAGUGUGGUAAAGCCUUUAGCCGUAUCACAUCCCUUACGGAACAUCAUAGACUUCAUACUGGAGAGAAACCUUAUGAAUGUAGUUUUUGUGGGAAAGCCUUCAGCCAAAGGACACAUCUUAAUCAGCAUGAGAGAACUCAUACAGGAGAGAAACCCUAUAAAUGUAAUGAAUGUGAAAAAGCCUUCAGCCAGAGUGCACACCUUAAUCAACAUAGGAAAAUCCAUACUCGGAAGAAAUUAUGUGAAUAUAAUAAAUGUGAGAAAACCUUAAGCCACAGUCCUUCACUUACUCCUCAGCACAUAACUCAGAAUUUUUAGCUUUGUUCUGGUGGGGGUGGGGGUGGGGUAAGGGACUCAUAUGAAUAUAUAAAUGUAGGAAAAUUUUGGUCAGACCUUUUCAUCCCAUGCAAUAUCAUAUUAUUCAUAGUGGGGAGAAAGGUUAUAGAUAAACUUUUAAUGUGUAGAAGCCAAAUAAAUUUAGACCUUAAACUAGUAGCAUAUUAUAUUCCCAGGACAGGUUAUAAGUAAUGAAAGUAAUUUAUUUUAUAAACAAGAUUAUAUGAGGAGUCAUGUUUUAAAACUUUUCUUAAUGACCAGAAAUCGUGUAGGCAAUAACCUAUGAUUAUUCCCCUCUGAUUUUUAUAGCAUAAAGUUUUUAAAUUAUAUAAACACUGAUUAAUCAAGGCAAUGAUAUAGUAUAACCAGUCACAUAAACUUGAAAUCAAUAGAAAAGAGCAAUAUUCCUUAAACUUCAGUCAUUUGUAUGCAUCCUUUACAGAUUUUACCAUAUUCAGUGUUUACUUAAUAUUUUCCUUUAAAGGGACUCAGAAUUUUUAGCCUUGUCCUAGGAAAUAUUAUUUAUGGAAAUUGUGAGUUCUGUAUGCUAAUUAUAUUCUAAUUUCCAUCAAAAUAAAUAUAUAACUUUGAAAUUGAAAAUAUCCAUUGGUGUACCACCUAAGUCUUCUGACCAUUUUUUGAGAAGCCAUGUGAGAGGAUAUGGCAGUAUUAUGUUAUUUUUUAGGAAUCCUUGCAUUAUUUUCAUCAAACGGGUCCUAGGAUCUUUAAGAAGAGUCUUGGAGGAGACUGAGGGUCAUAUUGAUGAACUUUGAAAAGUGAUUCAGAGAAGUCUACUUUUCUAUCCUAUUAUUCUAGUUUUAAAGUUCCCUGUAGCAAACAUAGAUUUUUGAACUAAAAUUGUCAUUUCUGUUAUUACUGCAGAUUUGAAUAGAGAGGAGGUUUUAUUUUAUAAUGACAGGGGCUUUAUAAGAAUUUCUACACCUCCCUGCACCACUGUGGAAGACAGAAGUAGGGUACCAUAAAAGAGGAUGAGUGGUGGUGCCACACUGAGGCUAAGAACCAGGGAAGAGCCUUACUGGCUUAUAUAAACAACUAAGGAAGUGUUACUAAUUGGCUUAUUAAUUCAUUUUAUUUAUUGAAAUAUAUUUAUGUACCACCUUUUUCCAAAAAGAAUUUAAGGUGUUUUAAUUUGAUUUUUAUGAUUACUGCCUUGUUUGACAGAAAUCACUUUUUGACAUUACAAAGCAUCAUAAAUAUAAACUGUCACAAGCCAUGAAUAGCUGCAACUAGGAGGCUGCUUCUGUUUCUUGGCUUUCUGUUUUUCUCUUGGUCUUCUCAGGCACGGCUGAAGAAGCCAUGAGGCUAAGUAAGAAUGCAGUCCCCUUGCUUUCUCACCUUCCUUCUAACAUAUCUCCCAGCUCAAGACUUGCCAUUUUUUUUUCCCCUGUGAAGGACUAGAUAUCAUAGGCCUUAAGUGAAAGCUGGAAUGAUUUAAAUUUUUUUUAAACUUAAAACACUAAAAACCAAGAAAGUAAUGAAAUGAAUUCAUUUCACCAUGGAAGUUAAACUUUUCAAAGUACAUUUAUGUCCCAUGCAUCAGUGGAUGAAAUAGUUAAUAAAACCCCAAGUUACUGUAGUCAUGGAGGAUUUCUAAUCAUAUUUUGUGUUCAAAUAUCUGUGAAAUGGAGAUCCAUUGUCAAGACAGAUAAGUUCUGGAAGUAUCUUUUCACCAAAAGGAUCUACAUUGAACAUUUAUUUACCCUAAGGAGGCAGAGUAUAAAGCACUCAGGUUUCAGGAAGAGAGAGUGAGCCAAGGCAAAGUCUCAGAUAGCAGAGGUAUGUAUGAAAAGAAUUAAUGGUUAAUUACAAUUGGUGAAGCCUUUGAUCAAAGUUUAAUUUUGCAACCAGAGGGGGGAAAAAGCUGAAUAAUCCACAAAGAGUGCUAAGGGCUUCAAUACAAGGCAGUGUAUCUCAGCACAGGGGAAGAAGGAGAGCAGUGUGGGAUUUUUCAGGAGAGGAUCAGCAGAAUUUGGACAAUUUCAGAAAAGAGGAGUCGGGACUGAAGAAGACCAGUUGGCCAUGGAUUUUCAGCAAUGCUUCAUAAAUAGGAAUUAUAAAAUUAGAAGCCUAUUAUAUAUCCUUAGGGUCAUAAAUGAUUAUGCUUAUGUUAACUGUACAGUAAACUGUGUCAUUCUGGUGCGAAUUCGUUCUCAUGUCCUUUGUUGUCUUCAACAUGUUCCAAGUUACGUGAAUCCUAAGUAUAUUUAUUACAUCAAAAUUCAAGGAAGCCAUAGGAGUAGUACUCAUUCAGAAACCUGUUGGUAUGAUUUAUUUCUGUCUAGGAGGGCAAGAUAUUACCCUUUUACAUAUAUUAAUUCAUUUGGUCCAUCCAACCAGGUGUUGUUGCCUUUUUUUUUAUGAAAAGAGAUACUUCAGCUUAGACAUAAUAAUAAGUGAUUUAUUAUUCAGGGUUUCUUGGACUGAAAUGUCACUAGAACAUGGAUCAUGUUACUCUAAUCCAGUGGAUACAAACAGUGCCUGGAACAGUGUUUUAUAGCGCUCUGAAAACAUUUGAUAACUAUAUUAAAAUUAAUAAAAUGAGAGAUUGCUUCUCAACACAAAAAUUCAUAUGACUCUUUCUCUGAACCUCAGAGUAUAAAAGGAUUACCAUGUUGAUAGAUUCUCUUAUGUCCAAAGGGCUUAUGGGUUGGAGAAAAAUACUCAUCUGGAUUUUGAUUAAUGUUCAAUUUAUUAAUUUAAGGAAACAACUUUAAGCAGCCAACAUUCCUCUAAUUAUUCAUAGAUGUGCAAAUAAUAAAAACUUAAGAAUUUCUAAAAUUAGAUAUCCCUACUCUUUUAAACACUGAUCAGAUUUAAACACAUGUAAACAUUUCAUUAAAAUCACAAACCUGGGGCUUCCCUGGUGACACAGUGGUUAAGAAUCUGCCUGCCAAUGCAGGGGACACGGGUUUGAGCCCUGG